UCCGCCCCUUCCGCCGCCCGUAGCCCGGAGCGUGCACGCACCCAGACGCCUGGCGGGAGCGAGCUCGUCCGGGAACCCGCGGCCCGAGGAGCGCUGGGGGCCGGGAGACCCGUGCCCGCGGUUUAGAUUUAUUUAUUUGAAAGUCAGAGAGAGAGAGAGAGAGAGAGAUCUCUUCCAUUCACCAAUUCACUCCUUAAAUGGCUACAACAGCCGGGCUUGUGCCAGGCUGAAACCAGGAGCUUCUUCCAGUUCUCCCAUGUAGGUGCCGUGGCCCAAGCACUUGAGCCAUCCUCUGCUGAUUUUCCAGAUGCCUGAUUUGUCCAGAGUGCCUGUGGAAAUAACCGAUGGAUUCCUUGGACCACAUGCUGACGGAUCCCCUGGAACUUGGUCCAUGUGGAGACGGCCAUGGCACCCGCAUCAUGGAGGACUGCCUGCUGGGAGGCACCAGGGUCAGCCUGCCGGAGGACCUCCUGGAGGACCCCGAGAUUUUCUUCGAUGUGGUCAGCCUGGCGACGUGGCAGGAAGUGCUGAGUGAGUCUCAGCGCGCACACCUGCGGCAGUUCCUGCCUCGCUUUCCCGAGGACAGCCCUGAACAGCAGAAGGAGCUCGUGCUCGCCCUGUUCAGUGGGGAGAACUUCCGCUUCGGAAACCCUCUGCACAUCGCCCAGAAGCUUUUCCGAGAUGGACAUUUUAACCCUGAGGUGGUCAAGUAUCGACAGCUAUGCUUCAAGUCACAGUACAAGCGAUACCUCAAUUCUCAGCAGCAGUAUUUCCAUCGGCUGCUGAAGCAGAUUCUUGCUUCCCGGAGUGAUCUCCUGGAGAUGGCCCGACGGGGCGGACCUGCCCUUCCUGUGCGGCAGAAGCGCCCCUCACCAUCGCGCAGCCCCGAGGAGCGGGAGUGGCGGGCCCAGCAGCGCUACCUGAAGGUCCUGAGGGAAGUGAAGGAGGAGUGUGGCGACACGGCCCUGUCCUCUGAUGAAGAAGCCACGUUGGAUUUACAAGAACAAUUUUCUUUUGAAGAUCUCAGCUCAUGGCUUCCGAGCUCUCCAGCACGUUCUCCUAGUCCUGCGGUGCCCCUGCGGGUGGUGCCCACGCUUUGUACCACGGAUAUGAAAACCGCAGAUAAAAUAGAACUGGGGGACAGUGACCUGAAGAUAAUGUUAAAGAAGCACCACGAGAAACGGAAGCACCAACCAGAUCACCCGGACCUUUUGACAGGAGACCUGACCCUCAAUGACAUCAUGACUCGCGUGAAUGCUGGCAGGAAGGGCUCUCUGGCAGCCCUAUAUGAUCUGGCAGUCCUUAAAAAAAAGGUUAAGGAAAAAGAGGAGAAGAAAAAGAAGAAAAUAAAAAUGAUCAAAUCAGAGGCAGAGGAUCUGGCUGAGCCCCUGAGCAGUGCUGACGGGGUCCCACCUCUCUCCCAGGCCCCAUCUCCACUGGCAAUACCUGCUAUCAAGGAAGAGCCCCUUGAAGACCUGAAGCCUUGCCUUGGAAUCAAUGAGAUAUCUUCCAGUUUCUUUUCCCUGCUGCUGGAGAUCUUGCUGCUGGAGAAUCAGGCUAGCCUCCCUAUGCUAGAGGAACGGGUUUUGGACUGGCAGUCGUCUCCAGCCAGCUCCCUCAACAGCUGGUUCUCUGCAGCCCCCAACUGGGCCGAGUUGGUGUUACCAGCCCUGCAGUACCUUGCUGGAGAGAGCCGAGCCGUUCCUUCCAGUUUCUCUCCAUUUGUUGAAUUCAAAGAGAAAACCCAGCAGUGGAAAUUGCUUGGCCAGUCCCAAGAUAAUGAAAAGGAAUUAGCUGCACUCUUCCAGCUGUGGCUGGAGACCAAAGACCAGGCCUUCUGUAAGCAAGAAAACGAAGACAGCUCAGAUGCCACGACACCUGUCCCUCGGGUAAGAACUGACUAUGUGGUGCGGCCCAGCACCGGGGAGGAGAAACGGGUUUUUCAGGAGCAGGAGCGGUACAGGUACAGCCAACCCCAUAAGGCGUUCACCUUCCGCAUGCACGGCUUUGAGUCGGUGGUGGGGCCGGUGAAGGGUGUCUUUGACAAGGAGACCUCCCUCAACAAGGCCCGGGAGCACUCCCUGCUGCGCUCGGACAGGCCUGCCUAUGUCACCAUCCUCUCUCUUGUUCGAGAUGCUGCUGCCCGGCUACCUAACGGAGAGGGCACCCGGGCAGAAAUCUGUGAACUGCUCAAGGACUCCCAGUUCCUGGCACCCGAUGUCACCAGCACUCAGGUGAACACAGUCGUGAGUGGUGCACUGGACCGCCUGCAUUAUGAAAAGGACCCUUGUGUGAAGUAUGACAUCGGGCGGAAGCUUUGGAUCUAUCUGCAUCGGGACCGGAGUGAGGAAGAAUUUGAGCGGAUUCAUCAAGCACAAGCAGCUGCAGCUAAGGCCAGAAAGGCUCUUCAGCAAAAGCCCAAGCCCCCGUCCAAGGUGAAGUCCAGUAGCAAGGAAAAUUCCAUAAAGGUCCUGAACAGUGGCCCUUCUGAGCAGAGCCAGAUGAGCCUCAGUGACUCCAGCAUGCCUCCCACUCCAGUCACACCCGUAACCCCUACCACGCCAGCGUUGCCUGCCACUCCCAUCUCCCCUCCGCCAGUGUCAUCGGUGAACAAAAGUGGCCCUGCCACUGUCUCAGAACCGGCCAAGUCCAGCUCUGGCGUUCUUCUGGUGUCUUCGCCAACAAUGCCACAGCUUGGAACAAUGCUUUCCCCGGCCUCCAGCCAGACUCCACCCAGUUCUCAGGCUGCUGCCCGGGUUGUGAGCCACUCUGGCUCAGCUGGACUGCCACAGGUGCGGGUGGUGGCCCAGCCCAGCCUUCCUGCUGUCCCCCAGCAGUCAGCAGGGCCAGCACAGACACUGCCACAGAUGCCCGCAGGACCACAGAUCAGGACUCCAGCCACGGCCACACAGACCAAAGUUGUGCCCCAGACAGUAAUGGCCACCGUACCAGUGAAGGCUCCGACCGCGGCAGCCACCGUCCAGCGACCUGGCCCUGGGCCGACAGGGCUCACGGUGACAAACCUCCCUGCCGCGGCCAGCCCUGUGAGCAAGCCAGCCACGAGCUCUCCUGUUAGCUCUGCUGCGAGUGCCUCUACGGCUGCCGUCAUUCAGAACGUCACCGGACAGAACAUCAUCAAGCAGGUGGCAAUUACUGGGCAGCUUGGUGUGAAGCCCCAGACAGGCAGCAGCAUCCCACUCACAGCCACUAACUUCCGCAUCCAGGGUAAGGACGUGUUGCGUCUGCCACCCUCUUCCAUCACCACAGAUGCCAAGGGACAGACGGUUCUGCGAAUCACUCCGGACAUGAUGGCCACAUUGGCCAAGUCCCAGGUUACCACAGUCAAGUUGACCCAGGACCUCUUUGGGACAGGAAGUGGCACUGCAGGCAAAGGCAUCUCUGCCACCCUACACGUCACCUCCAAUCCAGUCCAUGCAGCUGAUAGCCCUGCCAAGGCCAGUUCAGCCAGUGCCCCUUCAUCCGCUCCAACAGGUACCACGGUGGUCAAAGUGACUCCUGAUCUCAAGGCAACAGAAACCUCAAGUUCAGCUUUUCGUUUGAUGCCAGCCCUUGGUGUGAGUGUGGCAGACCAGAAGGGAAAAAACACAGUGGCCUCUUCAGAAGCAAAACCAGCUGCCACGAUCCGUAUCGUGCAGGGCCUGGGGGUGAUGCCUCCCAAAGCAGGCCAGACCAUCACGGUUGCAACUCAUGCGAAGCAGGGAGCCCCGGUGGCCAGUGGGGCUGGAACUGUCCAUACUGCAGCAGUGUCCUUGCCCAGCAUGAAUGCUGCUGUGUCCAAGACUGUGGCUGUGGCUUCGGGGGCUGCGAGCACUCCCCUCAGCAUCGGAACAGGCGCCCCCACCAUGCGGCAGGUCCCAGUCAACACCACGGUCGUGUCCACGUCCCAGGCUGGGAAGCUGCCUACACGGAUCACAGUGCCGCUGUCUGUGAUUAGCCAGCCAAUGAAGGGCAAGAGCGUGGUCACCGCCCCAAUCAUCAAAGGCAACCUGGGAGCCAACCUUGGCGGGCUGGGCCGCAACAUUAUCCUCACCACCAUGCCGGCGGGCACGAAGCUCAUUGCUGGCAACAAGCCUGUGAGUUUCCUCACGGCACAGCAGUUGCAGCAGCUCCAACAGCAAGGGCAGGCCACACAGGUGCGCAUCCAGACUGUCCCCGCAUCCCAUCUCCAGCAGGGAACAGCUUCCGGCUCCUCCAAAGCAGUCUCCACUGUCGUCGUGACCACGGCUCCGUCUCCUAAACAGGCCCCUGAGCAGCAGUGACGGUGAAGAGAGCUGGCUUCUGCAGAAGGCGGGACCUGGUCUGUCCCGGCUCAAAGGCGGGGAGCAGGGCGCUCGCAUCCGUGCUGCAGGCUGUGUGUGGAAGGCAGGCCAGUGCAGGGACGGUGGCACCAGGAGCCUCAGUGCUGCUGCUGCGCCCUGCAGUGGAGCGCUGUGAGAAGGGCUCCCUCCAGAGUUCCAAGGCGUGCUCUGUCCCAAUCCAGGAGAAGUUUCUGUUCAGAGUUGCGGGGUCACAGUUCUGUGAUGAGCGCCAGGCCCCCAGGGAAGGCGUGCCAGUUGCACAGUGACCGAGCCCCGUGCCACGUGAGGCUUGUGUUGUAGCUUCUGGUCUUCCCCGUGACAGUGGCCUGGGUACGAGUUUUGUGUCCAGAAAACUUUAUGUAACUUAUUUUUUUAAAGAACCUGUUGCACAUCUUUAUCAGACAGAAACCCAGGCUUUAGCCCCUCCCAGACUGCUUACUUGUUUUGACCAGAGUGAGGAGAUAGCAAGAAUCUUAGUAAGCUGAUGGCUGACUGGAUAACCACCCAGAAACUGAGCGGCUGUGAGAUGGGAAGCACCACAGAAAGUGAGGUAGUCAGGAUUCCCUCCGGUAGGCUGAGUGUGGCACUCCCUCUUGGAAACGGGAUGUAGGGGUCUUGAUUGUUUAGGCACGAGCACCUGCCGGUGACCUUGGCAAGCCUGUCACAAGGAGUCCAGAGCUGGUGGACGGGGGUGGGGGGUGAGUGAAGACGCUGCUUGUGCAGCACAGACUUCCUUGCAGUUCAGAGCCAUCGACUCUGCCUGCUGCAGGCAGGAGUGGCAGGCCCAGGGGAGCUGGCCCGCUGCUUGUGUCAGGUUUUGUUUGAGCAGCCCAUUCCCAUCUGGUUACGUAUUCUCUGGCUACUUUCGGUUAGAAGGCAGAAUUGAGUCGUCGCCGUGGAUGCCAGAGGGCUCUGAGGCCUAAACUGCUGUGGGUUUGUUUUUUUAUUUGUUGUUGUUUUUGUCUGUCUGUCUGUCUGUCUGUUUGCCUACAUUAUUUCUGAUCCCUGCCCCAAAGUAGAGAUGGGAGGAGCGGAGUGGGUGUGGCAUGUACAGGGACUGCCUGGCAGUAACAGCCUCGAAAGAGGUUGGUCUGGAUUCGCAAGUGACUCAUUCCUGCCUCUCUCACCUUCCCAGCCUCCGUCAGCUAUAGACAAAGAGCUCAGAGUGAUGCUUUAACAUAAUGUGAUGAGUAAGUGAAGCACUGGCUGUUAACGUGUGGUGCCUCUUCUGUUUCGGGGCGCGGGUGGGUGGUGAAGCUUCCCUGAAGGGAUAAGGCUUUCCUGUCUCUGCUGAAAGUAUCCCAGUUAUUAAAAGUGACCAUCUUUAACUCUGGGAAGGAGUGAGUAUCUUCUGAGGGGCGGGGCGAGGAGGAGCUGGUGGGCCCCUUCUCCACGGGGCCUGGUGUGACCGGGUGCCGGCGUCAGCGGUGAGGCAAGUUGAGGAGCAGCGAUGGAGUGGGAGGGGCUGUCAGGACUUCACAGACAACAGCUUUCUGUAAAGUAGAUGUAACCAUCUGCUUUACCUGUAAGAAAACUCUUCUCUUCCAGCUGAGUCGAAGCUAGAGAACCAAGGUGGAAAUCCAGGCCUGAGGUUGAAUUGCAGAUGAGACGUUAGGUUCCCUCUCUGUUGCUCUCCUAAGGGGAGGGUGGCUGGGAUGUGUUGGGGAGCCUGGGGUCGAUCCAGUGAGGACGUGAAAGCUGGAUUACCACGAGCGGGAGUGGCAGGCUCAGGAAGACAAAGCCCCUGGCGGGUGAGUAGCGGACCACCACUGAACUAGGGCUGGGAGCGGUGAGAGGUGAGGGCUGCAUUGAGGGGGAGAGUGGAUCUUGCAUCAGAGUACAUUGUAUUUAUAAUACUUUGAAAUUUGCACAUCACUGUCAUUUCCAGGAGUCACAUUUCAGAUAGAAAGCCGCGUGGCAGUUUCUGAAUGAGAGAAAGGUAGAAAAUCAGGAGAUCCUGUUUCAGAUAUUUACUGCUGGUUAAAAAUAAACCCUUUCUGAAUUUACAUAACAAAUCGCUCUCAUAAAAGUAGCUCUGGCAUGGAGCCUCAGCCCUGCCCUGCACUUAUUUACAAAAGUCACCUGACUGCCUGUCUUGUGCGUGCAGAUGUGUACAGCCUAGGGAGCAGGGGUGCACAAUAUGGGCUGUUUCAAGAUGCCAGGGUGGGGUGGACUCCCUGGUAGCAUUUUGGUGCAGCCAGCGUGUCACUGGAGCAGUGUGGAAAGGAAAUCCCCUGUUGGAGUGUUCACAGUGACAGCACAGUAUCUGCACCACAUGUGCACCCUGGAGAUGGGCAGUGAAGGUGGGUAUUUUGUGGGGAACAAUUCCGGGGAACUUGGCGGUGGCAUCAGUGAGCCUCCGAGCCUGUGGUCGACAGAGGCUGGUAAACUGUUGAGCCUGUGUAUGUAAGACUGAGUACAUGGCAUAGUGGCCAGUUUGUGCUUCAGCACCGUGUGUAAGAACGCUUAUGUCAGGUGGGUCACUGGGGCUAAGAUAUCACAAGCCGUGCUGUAAGAGGCAUCGAAAUUUGCUUCAAUGUUUCUGUCUGAUCAUCACGUCUCUCAGCCUCUCACUCUGGAGAGAAUGUGUUUCUCUUAAUUCCUUUGUCCCUUUUAAAAAUCUCAAAUAUAGAUCUUUUCUAUGAAAAUAAAACAGUGGAUUCCUUCAUCUCA